GAUCAGAGAAGAUACUUUGUCUUAUCUCAGUGUUUUGGAUUUUGUUGGGGGUUGCUUUGCGGCCUAAGACGUGGUAUGUUCUGGAGAACUUUUCAUGGGUGUUGGAAAAGAAUGUGUGCUUUGCUACUGUUCCUCCCAUAUACUUUAAAUUAUCUCUAGAUUACUUAUAAUAAAUCUAAUAUAAUGUAAAUACUAUGUAAAUAGUUGUUGUAUCAAGUUGAAGACUUGCUCUGGAAGAGCCUUUCUCUUUUUUGAGUUUCUUGAGCUCUUCUGAGAAUGCCAACGCUGCUUUGGCAUCAGGCGAUGCUGAUUUGCCCGUGAUCUUGAAGUUCCUGAGGCUGUAACGCUUUACAUAGCUAGCCAGCCGUCCCUUGAUAGCCUUAAAUUUCUUCUUCUCACUCUCCUCAACCACUUCACACUUAGCCUUUAAGGGAUUGCUUUGACCACUUCAUUGCUUUUUAGGAGCAAUUGUUUACAGAAAUAAAGGGUGCACACAACACAAGUAGUGAAGGAACAAGACGUGAGAUGAGCAAUGCUCAAACAAUGAGUGCUGGAGAGAGACUGAGGAUCUGUGAGAUGGCGGGUGGCUAUCCCAGGGUAUCCCCCAAGGAAACUCCCCUUACAACUGAUCGGCUGAUCACUUCAGAUCACAUCAUGGAGGACGACUACAUCAUUAUCUAACUGCUAGACUGUAUCAUUACAUAACUCCCAAACCACUGAGAAUCAUGGCCCAGCCAAGUUGACACACAACCUUAACCAUCACAGGUAGCUAUUUAGAUUUUAAAGUUAAAAAAUAAGUGUCCAUUCAGGUUUACAAAAUGCUAUUUUGAUUAAAAUUUUUGUUCAUAUUUUCCAUAAUAUUGUAAGAGAGAGGGGUUAUUAUACUUCUCAGAAGAAAAUUUCAGAUAAUAAUGGCUUUCUUGUAUGCUCUUGGAAGAAAUAAGAGAUAUUAGUGUUUGUUUCAAGGAACUCUAGCAUUAGUUUUCUGCUGCAAUUUGUAAAACAAGCCAGAAUGACUUAAAAUAUUUUCCAUAGUAUAACUUUUUCUAAUUACUUUGCAGUGUAUUUUCAGAUGUUCAAAUUUAUUGGAAAAUUGAGAUUUCAUAGCUUGGGAUUCUUACUAAUAGCUGUCCAGAUUCAUGUAGCAAUUCUAAUGAAAAAUUAUUACUCAAUUUCAUUUUUUUUGCCACUUUGCAUAAUAUAUAUGUUUAGGUAUAGUGUAGAUAGCUACAGUAUAACUCAAGUAAAAAUUAUAAUAAAGUCACAUUUUACAGAUGAGUGUAGAUGUGUUGUUGUUAGGUGCCAUUGAGUUGGUUCCGACUCAUAGCACCCUAUAUAAUAUUCGAAGUUGUUUUAGGUUUUGUUUCUUGAAAGAUGAAGGUACAUAUGUCGUAGUUUGUUUAUGAAGCCAUUCUUUGAACUUAAUAUCACUCAUUAAUUAGACAUGAAAUUGAGAUGUGUUAUUGAUCCUAUUUUAAAAACUUAAUAAUUAUAUUUAUUUUCCUUUUCCUUUGCUGAAGUAAUAAGAAAUGAUAUAAAAAAUUAAAAAAUCCAGAAAAAGGAAAAGGCAGUUUUCAUAUUUUUUUAUAAGAAGUUACCAUUGAGAAAUGCUUAGUAAGCUCUGUCUCUCUUUGACCAGUUUGUGCAGCAUGUGGUUUGGAUCUCAUCUGGCAGUGAACCCUCAAAUGUCCCAGGCCAGCUUCAUUGGGAUCACUUGAAGCAUUGUUUAAAAAUAAUUUUCGCCUUCUGCCUUAGGUUUUGAUUCGUUAGAUCUGGGAUGGGGGUCCAGAAUCUGAAUUUUUCUUUUAACUUUAUUGAGAUAUAAUUCACAUACUGUACGGUGCACCCAAUUAAUGCAGCCAAUUCAGUGGGUUUUGGUAUAGUCGAAGAAUUAUGCAUCCAUCACCACACCAAUUUUUUACCAACCGUCAGUUGCCCUCAGAUCGAUUCUGACUCAUGAUGACCCUGCGUGUGUCAGAGUAGAACUGUGCUCCAUAGGGUUUUCAGUGGCUGAUUUUUCAGAGGUAGAUUGCCAAAUCUUUCUUUUGAGGCACCCCUGGGUGGGAACCCCAACCUUUUGUUUAGUAGCUGAGCACAUUACCGUUUACACUGCUCAGCCAAUUUAGAAUACUUCAGUUACCCCCAAAAGAAACCCUGCUGCCCUUAGCUGUAACCCAUAAUCCCUUCAUGCCUCCCUAGUCCUAGGCAACCACUAAUCUACUUUCUGUCUCUAUAGAUUUACCUAUUAUGAACAUUUCAUAUAAAUAGAAUCUUACAGUAUGUGGUCUUUUGUUACCGACUUCUUUCACUCAGCAUAAUGUUUUCAAGGUUCAUCCAUGUUAUGGUAUCUAUCAGUACUUCAUUUCUUUGUAUGAGCACAUACUAUUUCGUUGUAUGCAUAUACCACAUUGUAUGGAUAUACCAUAUAUUGAUGGACAUUUAGAUUGUUUCUACUUUUUGGGUAUUAUGAAUAAUGCUACUAUUAACACUUGUGUGUAAGUUUUUAUGUGGAUGUAUGUUUUCAGUUCUCUUAAAUAUAUACUCGAGUAGAAUUGCUGGAUCAUAUGAUAUGAUUUUGAUUUUCUACAGUAGUGGUUCUCAUUGGGAGUGAGAGUAGAAGUGUGAUUUUGCCCCUCGGGACAUUUGAUGGUGUCUGGAGACAUUUUUGGAUUUUACAACUGGGAGGGUAGUAACAUUUAGUGGUAGAGACCAGGAAUGCUGCUAUAUGUCUUACCAAGCACAGGACAGCCCCCCACAACAAAGGAUUAUCUGGUCCAGGAUGUCGGUAGUAUGGAGGUUGAGAAACCCUGGUCUGGAGGAGAAUUAGAAUAAAUAAUUGCAGGAUCAGAUUUUUAGCCCUUACAUUGGCAGUUGGAUAUUACAUUAACCUUACAUGUUAGAUUUAUAGUUUGUAUCAAAUCCUUGAAUAUAUUGGGGAUACAUAGAUGAACAGAAUAGAGAACCUUUGGGACCUACAGGACUCAGUUUAGUCUAGUGCAAUAUAAUAUAAUGUGCUGUCCGUGAGAGCAGUGAACCCUAGCCCAGAGCCUGAUUUGGUACGUUAUUUGUUGCUUGGACAAGAUAUGUUGUGGUAUAUUGAACUAAAAUGCUUCUUAGUGAUUUCAUAGUUGAUAAUUAUCUGGCCUGGUAGACUCCACGUAGCUGUAUUGACUGUAUUCCCUUUCCUCAUCCCCUCCUUGCCAAAAUCAAAGGUCACAUAAAAGAAUGUGCCUAGUAGUUUAAUAGUUUAUUUUAAAGAAAUUUUUAAAAUAGAUACUAUUUUUAAAAGUCUUAGUAGCUCUAUAAAGAAAUUAAAGGUUGACUGUGAGUGUAGCUCACUUGCAGAGGAUGUGUGAGUGUGUGUUUUGAAGUGGAGUGCUUUUCAGAGUUGAUGUUAAUGAGACUAAAUGAUGUUCCAGGAUCUGUUUAUCUUCCCCUUCUUGUGCCUCCAUUCUUCUUUCUGUGUUUGUCAGUUUUUGUACUGUAUUAUGUUUGGAGAUACAUGGGGGAUUAAAGAAAGAUAAACGUCAUCAUCCCUUCUUUUACAUUUAUAAUAUUAUUGAGAAAAUGAGACAUGUCAUAUGUGGAUACUGUAACAAUUUUUCGCUGGUAGGGAAAACAUACUGAUUUAUUGAAGUGAAUUUUCCAAUUAAACCCACUUUUAAAAAAUCUUCACCAAUUUUGAUAGACAGUUUCUUUUUUUCUUUUUUUUUAUAGACAGUUUCUAAACACAUGCUUUAGUGGUUUUUUUUUUUUUUUUAAGUUCAUGAUAGUUUAAGACAAACUUUAAGAACAUGCAGGAGUAUUAAAUGAAAACUGAAUCUUUUUUCCUAAGUAAAAGCUAGUAUUUCAUUGUUUAAUUUGUAUAUCUUUUAAAAUGAGAGAUGCUGAAUAUCUUAUCAUAUAUUUAUUAGUCAUUUGAACUUCUGUGAAGAGUUUGUGUCUUGGACUCAUUUUUAUUAUUGGGUUGUUGAUAUUUUUCUUGUUCGUGAGAGCUCUGAGUAUAUUACAAAAAUUAGCCCUUUGUGUAUCAUAGUAUCAUAUGUAAUGCAAAUAUUUUCCCUUAAUUCAUUUCGCCUUUUGACUUUACUUAUGGUAUUUUCUUUUAACAUGUAAGUUUUUUGUUUUUGGAUAGUCAAAUUUAUCAAUCUUUUACUUUGAUUUCUGGUUCUUUCAACUUAUUUCUUCCACUAACACAAGAGAUCUUCCUUGAUUGGAGAGUUUGCAGUUGAGGAAUUUAGUAAGACUUGAAUAAUUAUCCUCUUUUUACAGAUUAGGAAACUGAGGUACAGAGGGAUCACCAAGAUUAGGAAAGUGAGGUACAGAGGGAUCACCAAACAGUAAGUGGCAAUUGCAGCGGUGCAGAAUGGCUGACCUCAGUCUUGCAGAUGCAUUAACGGAACCAUCUCCAGAAAUUGAGGAAGAGAUAAAGCGGGACUUUAUUGCCACAUUGGAGGCAGAGGCCUUUGAUGAUGUUGUGGGAGAAACUGUUGGAAAAACAGAUUAUAUUCCUCUCAUGGAUGUUGAUGAAAAAACCGGGAACUCAGAGUCAAAGAAGAAACCAUGCUCAGAUAUUAGCCAGGUUGAAGGUACUCCAUCUUCUAAACCAGCAGUGCUUGCCAAUGGUGAUCAUGAAAUAAAAGGGAAUGACACUACAGGGUCCCCUACUGAAUUCCUAGAAGAGAAAGUGGCCUACCAGGACUAUAUGAACAAUCAAAACUGGCCAGAAGAUAUAAACUUUUGCUACCAACCAGAACAAGUGGUGAAUCCUAUCCAGACUGAUUCCUUUAAGAUGCACAAAGAUGAUGGCCUGGAAGAUUUUCUGUUCAUCCCCAGUGGAACAACCAAUGCCUCAACAUUUACAGGGCAAAAUGAUCCUUUGAAAGACAUCUAUGGUAUGCCUCACUGUGACACAUUUGCUUCAGCAACUGGUGAUGUACACCAGGGGUGGCUGAUGGAAGCCCCAGAUUCCCCACACUCGGCAUCCUUCAUUUCCCCAGAGUCUAUUAAACAACCUCUGCAGCCCACAGAAGAGCCAGCCAAGGAAGUAGAAGUAGCAUCAGCAAAAGAGAGGACACCCACAGAAGUAUUAGAAAUACUGCCACCUAGAGAAACAGAGAUAGCCCCUGCCAAGGAUGUGGGGCCAGCUACAGAAACAGAGAUGGCAUUGGCUAAAGACAUGGAACCCUCCACCAAAUCAGAUGUGGCACUGGCCAAGGACACGGAACCUUUCAUUGACUCAGAUUUGACUCUAGUCAAGGACAUGGUACUACCUAAAGAAACAGAGGUGGUCCCAGGGAAGGAUGUUGUCUUGCCUACAGAAACAAAUGUAUCUUUGGACAAGGACACGGUACUAUCCACAGAAACAGCAGUAACCCUGGGCAAGAAUUUGACACUGUUAAAGGAAACAGAGGCAGCACUGCCUAUUAAAAUGGAUUUGGCCUCAGCUGAGGGUAUGGUGUCACUCUCAGAAAUAGAGGUGGCAAUGGCUAAGGACAAUGUAACAUCCGCAGAAAUAUCCCUGGCCAAGGAGUUGUCCCUGUACCCAGAGACAGAGGUGGCUCUUGCCAGCGCUGUGACACUGCCCGCAGAAACCAAGGUAGUCCUAACCAAGGAUGUGGCUCCACCCCCAGAAGCAGAGGUGACCUUGGUCAAGGAUACGGCUCCGCCUCCAAAAGCAGAGGUGGCCCCACUCAAGGUUUUGACUCCAUCCGCAGAAACAGUGGUAGCUCCAGUCAAGGAUGUGGCUGCAUCCCCAGAAACAGAGAUGACCCCGGCCAAGGGUAUGGCUCUGCCUCCAGAAACAGAGGUGGCCCCAGUUAAGGAUGUGGCUCCAUCCUCAGAAGCAGAGGUGGCCCCAGUCAAGGAUGUGGCUUCAUCCUCAGAAACAGAGGUGGCCCCAGUCAAGGACUUGGCUCCAUCUCCAGAAACAGAGGUGGCCCCAGUCAGGGAUGUGGCUCCAUCCUCAGAAACAGAGGUGGCCCCAGUCAGGGAUGUGGCUCCAUCCUCAGAAACAGAGGUGGCCCCAGUCAGGGAUUUGGCUCCAUCCUCAGAAACAGAGGUGGCCCCAGUCAAGGAUGUGCCUCUGCUCCCAGAAGAGGUAGCUCUGGUCAUGGGCAUGCCUCUGCCUCCAAAAACAGAGGUAGCCGUGCCUAAGGAUGUGGCUCUGCCCUCUGCAACAGACGUGACCCAGGCCAACAACUUGACUCCAACCAAGGAUGUUGCACCACCUUCAAAAGCAGAGGUGACACCAGCUCCAGUUCAGGAUGUGGAAAUUGCACGGACACAGGAAGGAAUAAGUGAGGAUUCCCAGUUAGAAUCUCUCCAGGAUGAGGGGCAGUCAGUUGCACCUACGUCUGUGAUUUCACCAGAACCUGUCACAGCCAUGGGCCAGAAGUACAACUUGCCAACAGAUGAGAAUUCUGCAUCAGAGAAACUAGAGCAAAAGAAACAAAUCAGUAGUCAACUUAAUGAACUUUCUUCAGAGACCUCAGCUAAGCCAGAAGAAGGACGGCCUACUGUGAGUACGACCGGAAAUGACAUCACCGCCCCUCCAAAUAAGGAGCUCCCACCAAGUCCAGAAAAGAAAACAAAGCCUUUGGCCACCACUCAACCUGCAAAGACUUCAACGUCGAAAGCCAAACCACAGUCCAUUUCUAGCCCUAAGCAGCCAGCUCCCACCACCAUUGGUGGGCCGAAUAAAAAACCUAUGAGCCUUGCUUCAGGCUUAGUACCAGCCACCCCACCCAAACGCCCUGCUGCCGCCACUGCCAGGCCUUCCGUCUUACCUUCAAGAGACGGGAAGCCAAAGCCUGUUACAGAGGCAAAGAUUCCUGAGAAGCGAGCCUCGCUACCCAAGCCGGCCUCUGCCCCGGCCACCAGACCCAGCUCCAAGAGCACCCAGACUGUUCUGAAAGGCCCAGCGACUGCCACUCCUGCUGCAGCUGUGCCAAGCAGUAGGACCCCCCCCAUGCCUCUACCCAAAAGGCCCACUUCCAUCAAGACUGAGGGAAAACUUGCAGACGUCAAGAAGGUGGCUGCGAAGUCUGCGCCAGCUGACUUGAGUCGCCCAAAGAGCACCUCCACCACUUCUGUAAAGAAAAGCACCACUUCGACUGGGGCAGCACCCCCGGCAGGAGUGGCUCCCACCCGAGUCAAGCCCAUGCCUGUGUCUCCACGGCCCUCUGUGACGCCUUCCAAGGACAAGAAGCCUGUGCCAGCCAAGCCCAACUCCUCUACCCUCAGUCUGAGCCGCCUUGGUACCAAUGCUUCUUCCCCUGAUUUGAAGAAUGUCCGCUCCAAGGUUGGCUCCACGGAAAACAUCAAACAUCAGCCUGGAGGAGGCCGGGCCAAAGUAGAGAAAAAAACAGAGGCAGCUGCUACAGCUCGAAAGCCUGAACCUAACGCAGUCACUAAAACAGCCGGCCCCAUUGCGAGUGCACAGAAACCACCUGCUGGGAAAGUCCAGAUAGUCUCCAAAAAAAUGAACUACAGCCAUAUUCAGUCCAAGUGUGGUUCCAAGGACAAUAUUAAGCAUGUCCCUGGAGGUGGUAAUAUUCAGAUUCAGAACAAGAAAGUGGACCUAUCUAAAGUCUCCUCCAAAUGUGGAUCCAAGGCUAACAUCAAGCACAAGCCUGGCGGAGGAGAUGUCAAGAUUGAAAGUCAGAAGUUGAACUUCAAGGAGAAGGCCCAGGCGAAGGUGGGAUCCCUCGAUAAUGUGGGCCACCUGCCUGCGGGAGGUGCUGUGAAGACUGAGGGCGGUGGCAGCGAGGCCCUUCCGUGUCCGGGCCCCCCUGCUGGGGAGGAGCCAGCCAUCCCUGAGGCAGCACCUGAAGCUGGCACCCCCACUUUGGCCAGUGGCCUCAGUGGCCACACCACCCUGUCAGGGGGUGGUGACCAAAGGGAGGUGCAGGCCUUGGACAGCCAGAUCCAGGAGACAAGUAAGUGGCUGGGCUCAGCCUGGGGGCCAGCCAGGGGCCCUGCCACUGGCCACAAAUUGAAACUCCUUUGUUUGUUGACUAGAGUGUGGCCUAACUUUUAACGAAGCAACCUUUUAUUUUC